AUGGAAGCUGCGGCUGUCCCUGAGACUGACCCUGAGGGAGAGGCGGAGGUAGCGACGGAGGAGGGUGGUGCACUGGUGGUGGAGGUGGAACGUGAUGCGCUGGGGGUAGUAGUUGCGGCGCAAGUCCCUGAAGUGACAUUCCUGGAGGCAUUCCUGGAGGCAUUCCUGGAGGCAUUCCUUGGGGCAUCGCCAGCGGAUGAGGUGGUGGCGGCGCUAAUGGCGCUUCGACCGGGUAAUUUCUUGCUGAUAUCCUCCCACUUCAUGCCUCUGCCGCGCAACUCGAUGAUCAAGGCAUCCUCAUCGGACGACCAUUUAGACUGUUUCUUUGCCGGGGGCUCAUUCCCCAGUGAAGACGAUGAAUGCCGUUUUGUCCCUGUCGGGGUUGAGCCUAGUAUAGUCGUUGGAUUUGCUGUUGCUGUUGCCGUUGGUAUCAUUGCUGACGCUGGUCCCGGUGGUCCCCUUGGCGUCGGUGCCCCUGAAGCUAACAUGGAAGCUCUCCUCGAUGAAGCUGCUGAAGAAGACGAUGACGGCGGGCGAUUUGUUAUUUGCUGCUGA